AUAGAAAAGAAGAAGAAGAAAAAACAUGGCGGCUCCCUGCUAGUCCAACGAUUUCUCUGAAUUUAAGCUUUUUUCUAACCCUGACAUUAAAUUCUGAACGAUGAUUAACACCAAAGACAAAGUGGUUCCCUCUGUUGAAGAGCGAGAAGAGAGAGAGAUGGAAGAGGAGGAGGAGGAUGAUGAAGAGGAGGACGACUCGGAGAACGAAGAGGAAGAUUCCUCAGAUGAUGAUGAUGAUGAUGAGGAAGGAGAACAUGAAAAGGAAGCGGAGUCGUCGUCCCAAGAUGCAAACGAAAAUGCUUCCUCGUCUGACGGGGAGAAAAAGGAGCCGUCGGACGGCCUGAACCUGAACAACGAGGUGGUGAAGAUGAGGACGGAGGUGAAGAGGGUCAAGGCUCUGGUCAUCAGGAAGCUCACUCGUCAGAUCGCUAUGCUGAAGAAGAAGAAGGGGAACGAGGCGGAAACCGAAAGGAACCAGAGGAGAGCCGCCAGGCUGCUGGAGGAGGUCCACAGCAUCAAGAAGCUCCCUCCAGACGUGGUACGGCCGUCCUGCUCCGACCCUGCACCUUACAGGGAGACCUUUGUUUGGUUCCAAAGUCAGGAUAGCAGUUUAUCUUCAUUCCUCAAACACUGAUGUCUUUAUUUGCUU